CAAUCGACAUGCAGCUCGUUUUAACCAUAAUUGUUUGCUUAUUAUACGGAAAAUUCACCGAAUGUUCGAACAUUUUAGCGGUUUUUCCUGUAGCAGAGAAAAGUUCCCAUGUAGUGUAUCAAAAAUUACUGAAAACUUUAGCAGAUGCUGGACACGAGGUCACCCUGAUCAGCCCUUACGAGUAUUGGGAAAACUUGGGUAAUGGAUCGGUAAGGGACAUCGUUCUAACCGGAUUUAUUGAGGAGUAUGACGCUAUUCGUCCCUUAUUGUACGAAAUCUCUAAGUCCCCUGGCAUGUUCAAGCAUCACUCUUACAUGCAGGCUUAUCUACCGAUUUAUAACAAAACCUACCAGCAUCCGAACCUUAAGUGGUUCUUAAAAUCAACCCUUAAGUUCGACGUGCUCAUCACGGAUAAUUUAUACGCGCCCUCUCUGUUAGGAUUUGGGGCGAUUUACCAAUGUCCCACGAUCAUUUUUAGCCCUUCUAUAGGGGCUAAUCCCUUGGUGACUGAUAUCCUCUCCCUUAGCAGCCAGUGGUGGAACUUUUACAAUUUCAUUUCGUAUGUAUACGAACAAUUUUUUAAAUUUUUCCAUCUUUUUCCCGCCCACGGGGAGAUAUUGAAGAGAGUGCAACCCUCUCUGGAUCUACAGCAACUUUACCACAACGUUUCCUUAGUUUUACUUGGGGGACCUGAGGCAAGUUUCCCUCAUUCCAUAGCUAAUAUUGGAGGUUUCCACUUGGAACCUCCUGAGAAGGUUGACCUGGGGACCUCCAAAGAGAUUAUUUACAUUCAUCUAGAAGACCUAACUGGAGAAGAGGUUAAGGUGCUACUAAAAGCUUUGCAGAAGAUAGAUCUUCAAGUUAUAUGGAACUCUUCAGCAAAACCUCUUGCAAAUACCCCAGAAAACGUCCGGUUUAAGUCACUCCCACCUCAGGAUGUCUUAGGUCAUGCCAAUGUCAAACUUCUGAUCACAAAUGCCGACUAUAUCAGCCUAAUCGAGGGUGUUCACCAUGGUAAACCCUCCCUAGUGAUUCCAAGGACCCCCGUGCAGCUGAUCAACGCUGCCGAAGCUGAGUUUCAAGGUUACGCCCUGAAGCUGAUCCAGGUUGAAGAUGGUGCGGUCCUGGAUGCCAUAAAUCAGCUGAUGCUGGAUCAGAAAUAUUCUGAGAGUGCUCGGAAGGUUUCCAAGGAGUUUAAUACUGGAAAAGCGAAAGUCGUUUCCUGGAUUGAGUAUGUUAUUAAGCACCAGGGGGCGUCGAAUCAUAGAGGGUCAUCAAAUUGGUGGUUGAAGAUUUUGGUGAUGUGUGUCUUUGGGGUGUUUUUGUGGAAACUGCGUGGGAAAUGGGUGGGGGACGGGAGGAAGAAGAAGCAGUAGAGAGGGAGUAAUAAAAAGGUUUUAUUGGAAAAA